AUGGAACCCGCCGCGGCCGCCGGAGAGUCCCGUGAUCCGCCGCCGUCACCGCCCCCGGAGGAUCUCUCCACUGUGGAGCCUUCACCCUCCUCCUCUUCCUCCUCCUUCGCCACGGCUGUUGUUGCCCCGGGAACGCAGGCGCCGGCGCCUCCGGGGGCGCGGGAGGUCGCGGCGGCGAUGGAGGCGGUGGAGCGGGACGCGUCUGCCAUCGCCGAGAGCUACGCCUCCCUCUUCGCCUCCCUCCGCGUUGCCCUCUCAAACCACUUGAAGCAUCUUCGAAAGGAAAUAAAUACAUCAAUUCGUGCUUGA